ACACCGACUUAGUAGUCAAAAACACACACUUCUAAUAUACAUGAUUAUAACACACAGCGGGUUCUUAGAAAGGGGGUGGUAACAUUACCGCAGAGGAAGAUGAGUAAUCGAAAUCCUCCACCCCGUCCCUCGACGGGUCAGCGCAAACCGAGUGGUCAAAGGACGACUCUUCCUCCGCCGCCGCCGAAGCCACCACCCCCAGCACCAGCACCACCUCCAAAGACAGCUCCUGUGCCUCCUCCUCCUCCGAAACAGGCUCCUCCGCCUUCGAAACCAACUCAGCCACAAAGCGAAACUUCGGUAUUGAGCCAGGCAGUCUCAUUGGCUUCCAGGAGCCAGCGCUCGAACAUGAGCCUGAAGAAGAAUCACCUCAUCUGGGUCUACGUGCUCCAUGCGGCUCUCACGACCUUUGCGGUCAUCCAGCUGGUGACCUUAAGGGUCAUGAAACAGAACUUUGGUCUGCUGUUAAGCCCCACGGUGCCCAGCUUCGUGUGGCUGCUCCUGGCCGUGGGAUGUGUCCUAAUCCUGGCCUUCGUCUACUUGGCCAACCAUUGUCCCUGCAACUGUCUGCUGGCCAUUGUGAUCGUGGAGAUGGUGGUGAUCUUCGUCAACUGCGAACAGUGGCCCCGCGUCUCGCUACCCUGGAUGGGUGGUAUCCUGGUCAUCGUCCUGGUCCUGAACAUCCUGCUCUACAUGAUGGGCAUCUAUCUGCCGCUGAAACUGUUGCCCGGCCACGUCUUUAUGAUCAUUGUCACAUUAUGCUGUCUAGUGAUUACCGUUUCGAUAUACAUCAUCGUGUAUCUAAAUGGUAAUCGCUAUAUAUUGCGUUAUGCGUCGAUGGUCAGUCUUCUGUACGCGGCCACCCUCAUCCUCUUCACCGUCACGGUGGUCCACCAGCGGCGGUACGAGUAUGUGGAUAGACAGGAUAAUGUCCUGCAAGCCUCGAUCCUGGCCAUGCUCUUCGUCUAUAUGAUCGAUGUGCUCUCCACGAUUGUGCGAUUCAGCCAGCAUCUGGUUGAGAAAAUUUAAAAUGUAUUUGUGAAAUUUAAAAUCUA